CUUUUUUUUAAAUUGUUUUUCUUUAUAGAUGCCCAACGUAUUGCUGCUCAUGCUCGCACUGCAUCAACUAGCCUGUUCCAUGAAACAGACUUAGUGGUCUCUUAUACUGACCUUGACAAUCUCUUCAAUUCCGAUGAAGAUGAGCUAACACCUGGAUCUAAAAGAACAGUGAAUGGUGCUGAUGACAAAUCCAACUGCAAAGAAGCAAAAGCAGGAAAUCUAGACCCACUGUCAUGCAUAAGCACUGCAGAUCUCCACAAAAUGUAUCCAACUCCACCUUCAUUGGAACAACAUAUUAUGGGAUUUUCUCCAAUGAACAUGAAUAAUAAGGAAUAUGGCAGCAUGGACACUACACUUGGAGGAACAGUACUUGAAGGGAAUAGCUCUAGUGUGGGAGCUCAGUUCAGAAUUGAAGUAGAUGAGGGUUUCUGCAGCCCCAAACCUGCUGAAAUAAAGGAUUAUUCUUAUGUUUAUAAACCUGAGAAUUGUCAAGCUUUAGUGGGAUGUUCCAUGUUUGCACCGCUGAAGACGCUUCCCAGCCAGUGUCUUCCUCCCAUCAAACUGCCAGAAGAAUGCAUUUAUCGCCAGAGUUGGACUGUGGGAAAGUUGGAUUUACUUCCUCCAGGACCUGCCAUGCCAUUCAUCAAAGAUGGUGAUGGAAGCACUAUGGAUCAAGAGUACGGCCCUGCGUACACGCCACAAACUCAUACUCCGUUUGGGAUGCCACCAAGUAGCGCACCUCCCAGUAACAGUGGAGCUGGAAUUCUCCCUUCUCCUUCCACCCCUCGUUUCCCAACUCCCAGAACACCAAGGACUCCUCGAACACCUCGUGGAGCUGGUGGACCUGCGAGUGCACAGGGUUCAGUCAAGUAUGAGAACUCUGAUUUAUACUCGCCAGCUUCCACACCGUCGACAUGUAGACCGCUGAAUUCUGUUGAACCUGCAACUGUGCCUUCCAUUCCAGAGGCACACAGUCUGUAUGUGAAUCUCAUCCUCUCAGAGUCCGUCAUGAAUCUCUUCAAAGACUGUAACUUUGACAGCUGCUGCAUAUGUGUUUGCAAUAUGAACAUCAAAGGUGCUGAUGUUGGAGUUUACAUUCCUGAUCCAACACAAGAGGCCCAGUAUAGGUGUACCUGUGGUUUCAGUGCUGUUAUGAAUAGGAAAUUUGGCAACAGUUCUGGACUGUUUCUUGAAGAUGAAUUGGAUAUUCUAGGACGUAAUACGGAGUGUGGCAAAGAAGCAGAAAAACGCUUUGAAGCUCUCAGAGCUACUUCCGUUGAACAUGGCAGUGGAGGACUGAAAGAACCUGAGAAACUGCCUGAUGAGUUAAUAUUGUUGCUGCAGGAUCAGUGCACCAACUUGUUCUCACCGUUUGGAGCAGCAGAUCAAGAUUCCAUUCCCAAAGUAGGUGCAGUUAGCAACCUGGUACGUGUAGAAGAAAGGGAUUGUUGCAAUGACUGCUACUUAGCCUUGGAACAUGGACGGCAGUUCAUGGACAAUAUGUCAGGAGGGAAAGUUGAUGAAGCACUUGUGAAAACUACUUGCUUGCACCACUGGUCGAAAAGAAAUGUUGUGGAUGUGAGCAUGCAGUGUUCCCAGGACAUCCUUCGUAUGCUCCUCUCGCUCCAGCCAGUUCUUCAGGAUGCAAUUCAGAAAAAGCGAACGGUCCGGUCUUGGGGUGUGCAAGGCCCCCUCACGUGGCAGCAGUUUCACAAAAUGGCUGGCAGAGGCUCUUACGGAACUGAUGAGUCCCCAGAACCACUGCCAAUCCCAACAUUUUUGUUGGGAUACGAUUACGAUUUUCUGGUGCUGUCUCCAUUUGCUUUGCCGUACUGGGAGAGGCUGAUGUUGGAACCUUAUGGAUCUCAAAGAGAUGUUGCUUAUGUUGUGGUGUGCCCCGAGAAUGAAGCUCUGCUGAAUGGAGCAAAAAGCUUCUUUAGGGAUCUGACUGCAAUAUACGAGUCAUGCAGGCUUGGUCAGCACAGACCUAUCUGUAAGUUAUUGCCUGAUGGGAUCAUGAGAGUUGGGCCUACUGCUUCAAAGAAACUUUCAGAGAAGUUGGUCACAGAAUGGUUCUCACAGACAGCUAAUGCCACCAAUGAAGCAUUUUCCAAACUCAAACUGUAUGCCCAAGUUUGCAGAUAUGAGCUGGGUCCUUAUCUUGCUUCUCAGCCUUUGGACAAUUCUUUACUUUCCCAAACAAAUCUGGUCCCUCCCUCCAGCCAGCCGGCCUCUACUCUGCCCCCAGUGACAGCUAAUGCUGGAAAUCCCAACACUCCAUCCUCUGCUCCUGCAGCUCCCACCAGUAGUACCAUGACAGCGACAUCAAACAGUGCCAUGUCUUCUGCAGCUACUACAGCUAACUCAACGCUGACUACCACUGCCGCCUCAUCCUCUUCUGCCAGUACAGGCAGUGGGAUACCAACAAGCAAGCCUUCUUCAUUUCCGCCAUUUAGCAGCAUGAACAAUACCACUUCUGCCUCCCUGCCCACUCAGGCUGCAACAGUCCAAAAUGGGCAAACUGGAGGACAGCAGCAACAGCCAACACUGCAAACAGCAGGGAUGUCUGGAGAUACUCCUUCAGUGCCUGCACAGCCCCAUCCAGAGGUUUCUGAAAGCACUAUGGAUCGUGAUAAAGUUGGAGUCCCUACAGAUGGAGAUUCACAUGCUAUCACCUAUCCGCCUGCAAUUGUAGUUUACAUAAUUGAUCCUUUUACGUAUGAGAAAAAGGAUGAGAACAGCAGCUCAUCUAGUUUGUGGACACUUGGACUUCUGCGCUGCUUUUUAGAGAUGGUUCAGGUUCUUCCUCCUAACAUCAAGAAUAUAAUUUCUGUGCAGAUUGUCCCAUGUCAGUACCUUCUGCAACCUGUGAAACACGAAGACCGGCAGAUUUACACUCAGCAUUUAAAAUCUUUGGCAUUUUCAGCUUUUACUCAGUGUCGGAGACCACUUCCAACGUCCACCAACGUGAAAACGUUAACCGGCUUUGGCCCAGGCUUAGCCAUGGAAACUGCUCUUAAGAGCUCUGAUCGACCUGAGUGUAUUCGACUAUACACCCCUCCUUUUAUACUGGCUCCUGUAAAGGACAAGCAAACAGAACUGGGAGAAACUUUUGGAGAAGCUGGCCAGAAGUACAACGUACUUUUUGUAGGCUACUGUUUGUCGCAUGAUCAAAGAUGGCUUCUUGCAUCCUGUACAGAUCUCUAUGGAGAACAGUUAGAAACUUGCAUCAUUAAUAUCGAUGUACCAAACAGAGCUCGCAGGAAAAAGGGCUCUGCCCGCAGACUUGGUCUUCAGAAACUCUGGGAAUGGUGCUUGGGACUUGUGCAGAUGAGCUCGUUGCCAUGGAGAGUAGUAAUCGGCCGUUUAGGAAGAAUAGGACAUGGGGAAUUAAAAGAUUGGAGUUGUCUGCUGAGUCGCCGAAACCUUCAGUCCCUCAGUAAGAGACUGAAAGACAUGUGCAGAAUGUGUGGUAUCUCUGCUGCAGACUCUCCCAGCAUUCUCAGUGCUUGUUUGGUGGCCAUGGAACCACAGGGCUCCUUCAUUAUUAUGCCAGAUUCUGUAUCGACUGGCUCUGUAUUUGGACGCAGCACCACUUUAAAUAUGCAGACAUCUCAGCUGAACACCCCCCAGGACACAUCGUGCACUCACAUACUGGUGUUUCCCACAUCGGCAUCUGUGCAAGUAGCAUCGUCAACUUACACCACUGAAAACUUGGAUCUGGCCUUUAACACAAACAAUGAUGGAGCAGAUGGAAUGGGAAUCUUUGACUUGUUAGACACUGGAGAUGAUCUUGAUCCUGAUAUUAUAAAUAUUCUUCCUGCAUCUCCUACUGGAUCCCCUGUACAUUCCCCAGGGUCCCACUACCCCCACGGAGGUGAUAUAGGCAAGGGUCAAGGUACAGAUCGAUUGCUUUCAACAGAAUCUCAUGAUGAAGUAACAAAUAUUCUGCAACAGCCCUUGGCCCUCGGUUAUUUUGUGUCAACUGCCAAAGCAGGUCCAUUGCCCGACUGGUUUUGGUCAGCGUGUCCUCAAGCACAAAAUCAGUGUCCCUUGUUUCUUAAGGCCUCUUUGCACCUCCACGUGCCUUCAGUGCAAUCAGACGAGCUACUCCACAGUAAACACUCCCAUCCACUUGAUUCUAAUCAAACUUCUGAUGUGCUCAGGUUUGUUCUGGAACAGUACAAUGCACUCUCCUGGCUAACCUGUGAUCCUGCAACCCAGGACAGACGGUCGUGUCUCCCAAUUCAUUUUGUGGUGCUGAAUCAGUUGUAUAACUUUAUGAUGAAUAUGCUGUGAUCUUCAUCUGAAUUUUGCAAGACAAAAAUGAGGAAAAGGGAUAUUUCACUGCAGGACUAAGUUAUAAUUCUUCUCAGUGCGAGUUGUUUGUGAUGGGGUAUGAAUCUUGUUACUUCCAGCAAAUAUUGUUUUGACUUGUGAGAGGGGCACCUGUCGCCCUGGUGUCUGAGUCAGACUGUGGGGGACGCUUUAGAAUGAUGGUCAGAAAGUGUAUUAUAACAUUUUUAGUAGCAAAAUUAACCAUUUUUCCCCAGCCACAGUAUUUGUGAAGAGUAAUGAGCCAUAGUCCCCAGUCAUGGUUAAUGAAUAUUAAAAGCAUGGAGAUGAGAAGAAACACAAGGAACAAUAAGUUUCAACCUAUGGCUUCAGAACAUCAAGAUGUUCUUGUAUUGGAUUAUAGUACCUAGUAUUCAAAAAUGCCUGCAUCUCUUAUUUAUUGUAAGUUUUUAAAUGUAUAAAUUGUCUUAUAUUUCUUAACCUCUUUUAUAAAAAUUUUCCUAGAAGGUUUAUACUGCCUUCUUGCUUUAAAGCAAUUGGUCUAA